AGUCAGCAACUUUUGAAAUAGAAUAAUGUUUUUUUCGACCAGCUCUGGCAACAUUUUUUCCGUGCCGGCGGUUGUCGGAAUCCCCAACCCAUGUCGUGCAGCCAAGGGUGGCUUGCCCGUGGCACAAAGUAUUGAUUGAUUCGUCUUUCUCCACUGCUUCUCGCAGUUGUUAUGGUUCGUCUCAGGGGCCCCGUCUUGCCCUGCGGGAGAGCGCUGGUUUUGUACCAGCAUGCUGCUGAGCUGUUUUCUGGGCCAUCACUGACAACAGGCCGUCGCGUAAUCCGUCGGGAGCAUGAUGAUGAUGAUGAUGAUAAGAAUCGAUCGAUGAAAGCCUCCCCCUCUUCAAAGCCAGAGUCUGCUACAAAAAAUCCUGGAGGACUUGAGGACUUCGAUAUAGACGCUAGCGCGAGGACGACGCCGCUUGUAGAUGGUGGACCACCUUCGUCUCAGCAUGAAGAUAGAGCGGAGAGCUGGAAUGUAUAUGCACAUGCAGCCAAGCAGGGGCCCGAAGCACUAAGUACAGGAGGGAGAAGGCAAGUGCUUGGCGUUUCACGUCCCGAGCUGGAUCAGCCACGCAAUUAUGAGGCGCAUCAAGGAUUGAUCGAGGACGAUCGUGCACAUGAAUAUGUCGAUGUAGAGCUGGACACGCACGGCCACGGCACAAAACGAAAUUACAAUGUCGAAACGCUAACGCAUGGGACUACUGCCAAUCAGAGGUCGACUAGUGGUGUCAGAGCCAAGACGGACGAACAGCACAGCGCCGCCAGAGAAGAGUCCGCCACGUUGCUGGUCAGCAGAAGCGAUGCCGGUCGCCAGCAGGACUUUCCGAACGCGACCGCCGGCACUUCAAAUAAUUCCACGGGACACACAGAACUACACCAGCCAGAGCGCGCUGCAAGAAUCGGUGGUGUCGUCAUGGACUUAGAAGAUACUAGGGUAAAAAAUGCUGAUGCUGCCGAGAAUAAUUUGAAAUCGACACUGCCACUAGCGGCGGUGCCCACAGUCCCCGAGACAACACGCCGAGAUGAAGCAACUUCGGCUGCACCAAUCAACUCUACUAAGAAGCAGUCGCGAUUCUCUUCACCGCACGCCGCCUCUACGUCCUCCACGAGGAACGAAAGUCACUAUUUCAUCGCCCCUCUAUAUCACUUGGAUUCGAAACGGCGCCUCCAGAAUGCAAGCCGGGCAAGGACGAGCCCUGCUGCUUUGGAAGAAGAAGGUAGUCGGAUUGCUUCACCUGCUCAUGAAGAGUCUUUUCUACGCGACAAUAUUCAUGAUUUUCAGAGUCCUGAGGAGCAGACCUUGCGGACGAAGACGACAACAAAUCCGAGUUUAGCGCAGCCUUUUCGAGAUGCGACGUUGAGGGGUUCGCGAACGAAACAAGAUGAAGGACUGCGUGCACAGGAAGCCAACUAUGCCGCGCUCAGCUGGGGCUGUGGUAAUCUGGGCUGUUCAAGCAAACAGUUUGAUUGCUUAUGAAUGCGUAAGCAAUACGAGAGAAAAUGCGUGCGCGGGCCCUUCAAGUAGAAAGAACGAGUAAGGAACGACAAGAACGAGGCUGCAAGCAGUCGCGCGCCUCGACCUUGUCGCUGCAGUCAUUCCAUAAUUACGGUAGAAAAAUAGAUCGGGGCAGCGUUCUUUGUGCGGAGGAGAGUCAGAUGUUUUGGCUCUUCGCUCUUUGGCUCUUACGCACGAUGUCCCAGCACGCCGGGACCCGGCCCCGGUGCAGUAGCUAUAGCUUCAUUUUUUUUUCUUUUCUUUUCUGUUGCGGCUCUUUGCAGCAGAUUUUCAAUUCUACUCUCCGGGACCUGUGUGCGUUUCUCCUUCGCGUUCGAUGCUCGUCUCGCACUCGUUCUUCAGUGCAAUUUUUCGCUUGCGAACAUAUCUGCGCCUUUGCGCGUGGCCCCUUUUGCUCUAUGUCUCAGCCUUCGGCUGUGCUUGCAUGCGCUCGGUUGGUGGAUUAGCACCUGCGUGCACGACCUUCGAAAGGAGACCGCUGGGCCGUUGGUGUGGUCAAAUGGGUGAGCUCCGGCUACAGUGAUCUACCUAAGCUUCUAUUUUGAUUUUACGUUGCAACAUGUACGCAAGAAGCAGACCACGUUUGUGUACGCAUGGCCCUGUCGCCCACGGGACGCAGUGUUGAUUGACUAAAGAAGGGCACAGGCACUCCUCGGAGUUUAUGCGUCACGCAACAGUUGCGUGACACAUGAAGGAGCCAAAUGGUUAGGAACCUUGCCCCCCUGGCCUUGCGCCUCGGCGCAAAAGCCAAAUACCCUCCAGCUUCUUAGUUGCUGCUGGUGUUGGUGCAACGCAAGGAACUUGGAUUCCAAUAGUUUGUACUAUAUUUUUCGCACACAGCCGCGCCUGCAAUUUUUAUAAGCCAACUGGCUUAGGGCUAGGGGCGGAAGUCGAAGUGGAACAACGUCAAGACGACCACGCGGCCAUGGUCUUGCGGAAUCCGAGCGAAGAGGAUAAGGAUGAUACGGAGUUGCGGAAGAGGGAUGGCCCACACGAGGAAGACAUGCUGGACCUCGAUGGUGUUCCAGCAGCAGAUACGCCGCCGGAAGAGGACGCACGCGCAAGCACGGGCAACGAAACCCAAUCGGAAAACGCAGUGAUCGGUGGGGCAGGGCCAACCGUGGACGAGGAAGUUCUUGAACAAGGUAACGGCAACGAUAACGACCGCGAACCAGAAGCAUCCAUUCUCGAGGAGGAUUACCCUACCAUCUUCAAUGUGUGGGACGAAGACGAGGGAUAUUUUUAUCCAGAAAAGGACUAUGCUCUACUUGAACUUGAUGAUCUUCAAGAUAGCGACGAAGGUCAUGAUGACGACCGCUACACCACGUCGAAGUCGAACUGGAGUCGCACAAUAAACAAGACGAACACCUCCAGCAUUGGACGUGACAACAAACAGGAUAGCUUCUACCACCCACAGAGCCGGCCGUGGACUUCGUCGAGAAUCGUUGACACGCACAGGCAAGAUAGGGGCGCUCUUGUUCUGGGCGAGCAUAAAGAUAAAGCACCAUCACGCACCGUCGCUGGCGCGGGCGCCCCGGGAAGACCUGUUUCAUCGCCCAGCAGUGCUUCCCUGUCCUCCUUUUCCGCCAGCCACCUAGGAGGUGAAUGGGGCUACAGCGACCCUACAUGUCAGAAAAAAUCGCGCUCGUUUCCAUCGGGUUUGGCGGGUGGUGGCCUAGGUAGACGCCGCCACGGGGCAGACGAAUGGCAUGAGUACGACGAUGCGGGUAGGAGUGUGAAUCACCUCCCCACCCUUUUGAAUCACCUCCCCACGGAUCACCUCCCCAAGCGUAUCACCUCCCCACCUGCUCCCCCGUAUCACCUACUGUCAUGCUUGGCAUGCGUCAUAGGGUCCAUUAAAGGGCGUUUUCCCGUACUAUCUGCGCAUGACAGGUUUUUGCUGUAAUGCCAGACAAAUUUGUAAUGCUGUUCCUCCAAAAAAGUUACACCUACAAUAUUUUUUUCUCGGAUACCUAGCGCCGUGGCUCUUGAAGAACCCUGAAAGGCUGGAAUACAUGCAGGAAACACGGUAUCGAAUGCAAAAAUGUCUGGGUCUGGAAGAAUGCAACUUGUGAUGCUGCAUUUGGAUUCCAAAAAAAUCUGUAUUGCAUGAGCAGCAAAGGGAAUGCGAUUUUUGCUACGCGGAAAGGGCGUUUGUCAUGCGGAAUAGGCAUCGAGAUGCCCUCAAGCUCAAAACAGCUGUGAUGCUAGGGCAUGCAUCACAGACAUCAUGGCUCAUGCAGAACGUGCAUCACAAGUCUCAGAAUCUUCCAGAGCCAGAUGACAUAUUUGCAAUUCAUGCACGGAAAAGCGGAGCCAUACCGCAUCCCGGAGGGCGAAGAAGCUACGCGGCCGAAGAAGAUGAAAUGCAAGAAGCAGAGAAAAGAUUUGCAGACGAGGAAGAAAAUUUUUCGUCUCUAUGAGACUGCACAGCAAAAUCCGCUCUCCCCCUUUCAUUUGUCAUGCAAAUCAAUAAAUACGGCCAAAUCCCGCUGCUGCCGUCCCCUCAGCCUCAGGACACUUUUUGCAUGGCGGAUUCCGGAAAGAGCGGGGGCCAAAGCAGUACUUCCUACACCCGCCCGACCUUUCAAUGAGAACGCCUUGGAGUUGUGCACUAUCAUAAAAAUCAUCAUAUUUCCACCAUAGCCUCCCACCUCGCACCGCAGUCGUCGACCACGUCGUCCCUGGCAACACGAAGAUGAACGAUCCUGCGGAGAUGAUAGAAGAAGGCGAGCACUUCUAUCUAACAACUCCGGAGGUGCCCGUGCCGCCACGACGCCGCGCCGGAACGGGAGUCAUGGUGCCACCCGCGGGCCACCAAUCGAGGACGGGGUACCCAGUCUACACCAAAGCCCAGAAAACGAUACUACAGAAGCACUUUCUGAAUCUGCUGAACAAGGUGGCGGCAGCACAGGAAAGGGAAACCGAGCGGUGAUAUUGCCUAAGCUUAGUGAUUCAUUGCAUCCGAACGACACGACGCACUCACGAAAAAAGAAACGCAAAGAAAUUGUUCAUGCUUAUGCUUUCUUUUCAAAUAUACAACGCGAUUCUCCAACCAUACAAAAUGCCUUGCAAGUGAAGCUCCGGCGACGGUGUCGACGGCCACCCGUCGCGCGCGAAGC